AUCCCCCCCCCCCCCGCCACACACACAAAGGACAAGCAUAAGGAAGAGUCCCCAGGCUGGACUGCCCCCUCCCUCGCAGAGCCCUCUAGGCCAGCGGCCAGAUCUCCACAGCCCCGUUGGCCAGACGUUUGCGUCCCUGGGCAAGUGCCACCAUGGUCCUGUGCCACUCUCUUCUCCCCUUCCUCCUCCUGCUGCCCUUCUUGGGCACAGCGGCUGCCGCUGCCACUCCAGGCUUCAAGAUCAGGAUGACAGCCAAGGGCUUGGACCUGGUGAAGCAGGAGGGGCUCCGCUUUGUGGAACAGGAGCUGGAGAACAUCACCAUCGCUGAUUUCCACGGCAAGGAGGGCCAGUUCCACUACAACAUCAGCAAGGUGAGAGUGACCCAUCUCCACCUGUCCGCCUCCGACCUGCGCUUUGAGCCCAAGCAACACCUGGCCUUCAACAUCAACAACGGGUCCAUCAGCCUGCGCUUCCGCCGCCAGCUGCUCUACUGGUUCUUCUAUGACAUCGGCUCCAUUAACACUUCGGCGGAGGGGGUCCACAUCCACACUCAGCUGGAGCUCUCCAAGGACAACAGCGGCCGCCUCAAGAUCUCCAACUUCAGCUGCAAUGCCUCCAUCGCCCGCAUGCAUGCCGGAUUCAGUGGCACGCUCAGAAAGGUGUAUGAAUUCCUUGGCACUUUCCUCACCACGGGGAUGCGCUACCUUCUCAACCAGCAGAUCUGCCCGGUGCUGAACCAUGCGGGGCUGGUGCUGAUCAACUCUCUGCUGGACACGGUGCCAGUGCGGAACCCGGUGGACGACCACAUUGGGAUAGACUACUCCCUGCUGAAGAAUCCCGUCGUCACGUCUGACACCAUGGACAUGGAUUUCGAGGGCAAAUUCUUCUACUUGGGGGACGAGAACAAGACCCUCCCCAAUCUGGCCGUGGAGCCUGUCGUGCUGGAGACGGAGCGCAUGGUCUACCUGGCCGUCUCUGAGUACUUCUUCGAUUCCGCCCUCUUCUCCUACUUCCAGGCUGGCGUUCUGAGCAUGGAGAUUGCCGACGAAAAGGUGCCAAAGGAUUUGGAGGUUCUGCUGAGAGCCACGUUUUUCGGGAGCAUCGUCAUGAUGAACCCCUCCGUGGUGGAUGCUCCUCUGAUGCUGAGGCUGCGGGUCUCCUCACCGCCCAGCUGCGCCAUCAAGGCCUCGGGGAUGUCCAUUUCCGUCACAGCCACCCUCAACAUCUUCUUGGCCCCCGUGGAUCAGCCCCUGGUCCAGCUUUCCAGCAUGACCAUGGAAGCUCGGCUGAGCGCAAAGGUGCUUCUGCGCAAGAAAGCUUUGCAGGUGCUGAUGGACCUGAGAAGGUUCCGGAUCUACUCCAACCAGUCGGCGCUGGAAUCCCUGGCCCUGAUCCCUCUGCAAGGGCCUCUGAAGACUCUGCUGCAGCUGACCAUCAUGCCCAUCAUCAACGAGAGAACCAAGAAGGGGGUGCAGAUCCCACUCCCCGAAGGCAUGGAUUUCACGAAGGAAGUGGUCACCUACCACAAGGGCUACCUGACCAUUGGCGCAGACCUCCAUUUCUCCAAAGGCCUGAGAGAGGUGGUGGAGAAGUACAGGACCCCGCAGGGCCCACCGCCGACCUCCGUGGCUGCCUGAGGGGCUCCACCAGCAGCCCCUCCUCUGGCCUCCCCCCCUCUGAAGGGCAGAGCUCCUGCCUGCCCUGGUUUGCCCUCCGCCAGCUCACGACAGGACCAAGCAGGCAGC